AUGUGUAUGACAACUGAAUGUGUUGACAGGAUGACUUCAGAAGUUGGCAUAGAUUCGACAUCUGUUAAAGAAGCUAAUGCUGGAAGAAAUAUAAGAGAAGGUAGCCCACUGAAAAAAGGUCCUUGGAUUAAAGCAGAAGACGCGAUUUUAAUGGAUUACGUCGCAAAGUAUGGGGAGGGGAAUUGGAGUUCUGUCCACAGGCGAACAGGACUUGCUCGCUGUGGGAAAAGUUGCCGUUUGCGGUGGGCAAAUCACCUAAAACCAGAUUUAAAGAAAGGUGCUUUCACUCAGGAGGAAGAGGAACUCAUAAUUGAAAUGCACGCUAAGAUAGGAAACAAAUGGGCACGAAUGGCUGCUGAGUUCCCUGGCCGCACAGACAAUGAUAUAAAGAACUUCUGGAACACCAGACUAAAGAGACAACGGCGUGCAGAAAAACAUAUGCUCCCUCUAGGUGUUUUUUUCCAGGAAUUUAGUGAGGACAAACAAAAUAAGGAGCUGGCCACAUCAUCCUCUGCAAAUUCAGAUCCUCAUCCCUUGCCUAUUAACAAUGUUGAGAUUCCAACUGCGGAAAACAGAAAUUUUGAACCUAGUCAGCAGUUGUAUCCUCCGGGGCUUCUUAAUAUUGGUUUUAGUAGCUUUCUUGAUACUCCUGCAACUAGCUUACGUGAUCAGGGUCUUAAUUCUUCCUGGAAUACUCAUUCUGUCCGCUCAACAGUUCAUUCAUCCAAGCGUAUACGAGGAUCAGAAGCCUGGUUCUCUGAUCAAAAUGUUGACCUUUCUCAAGCUCACCAUCAAUAUCAAAAUGAUGGUUCUUUGUUUACUCAAUCCUUGGGGUUUUAUUCAUUGUACACUCGUAAUCUGACAUCUAAUUAUCACCCAUCAUCCGCCGGUGACAUUCCUGGCAUCCAUGCCUCUUCUUCAGAGCCCAAAUUGAAGGGUAAGCUGGAGCUCCCUUCAUUCCAAACUCCGAUGACGAGUUGGGAUUCACCUUCCUCAGUUCCUUCAAUUGAGUCCUCCAAUACUUUUAUUCAAUCUCCUCCAAAUGAGUAUACUGAUUCUUGCAGUCUGUCACCCCAAAGCAGUGAUCUAUUGCAUGCCAUACUUUAUGGAUCACAAACACCCAAAGCCUCAAGGAAUAAUUUACAUCAAGAAACUUCUCGUGAUGUAGGUCCAGAUUCUUGUCCUGUUCUCCGAGAGAUUCGGUGGGGAACUAACCCUGAUGCAAUCACCCCUUCAGGUCAUACUAUUACAUCAGUGUUUAGUGAAUACACCCCUAGCAGUGGAGGUUCAUUGGAGGACCACCAGUCAAUAGCGCCUUUGAUGGGAUGCAAUGUUAAUCAAGAGAUGGAUAACUUCACUCCCACUGCUGGGAAUGAUGAUACAUCAAACCACGAUUUGUUUUCCGAGACUGAUAUGUACUUUUCUCCAACUGAUUGGCCUCACGACAAAAUGGAGUAA